AUGGCCCAUAUCUCGCCAACGCAGUUUGCACGCAAGACGCGCCAGUCUAUCAACUGGGCCGAGGCCCAGAAGCGGGUGCUAGGAACAUACCGGCAGUGGAUUCGAGCUGCACCCGAGAUUCAGACCAUGUACAAUGUCCCCUUCCCCGUGUCGGUCAUCCGGACGCGAAUCAGGGAGGAGUUCGAGCGAAACCGAUUCGUCAACAAGCUGCCAAUCGUCGAUGUGCUGCUCUUCAAGAGCGACGCGGAAUACCAGGAAACCAUGAACUUCUGGAAGCAGUCGAACCACGUCAUGUCAUAUUUCAAGGAAGAGAACUUCAGAGGAGACCACAGGUUACCGUCGAACUUCAUGUCCGGCUUCUUGGAGGGUCGCAACUGA